AAAUUGAUUACACAUGUGCCGGUUUCUGCACUUUUUGUAUUUAUAUUUGUUCAUUCUUUAACGAUAAAUGGCUUCUGUUUUAACUUCUCGACUAGUAUUUUGUAAAGUUGCUCAACCUAAUUGUUGGCAAUCAUUUUUCAAUCAAACUACACUAAAGAAUGUGGGGAAAAGUACAAGACUUAACCAGUGUUUACCAUCAAUACUAUCCAUAACUGUUAGGAGUUAUGCUGAAAAAAAAGUUUUCCAAAGGAGUAAACCUCAUUGUAAUGUUGGCACUAUAGGUCAUGUAGAUCAUGGAAAAACAACCCUUACAGCUGCCAUCACAAAAGUACUGGCUGAAAAACAAUUAGCUAAGGCUAAGGGAUAUGCAGAAAUUGAUAAUGCUCCAGAAGAGAAAGCCAGAGGCAUUACUAUAAAUGUAGCUCACAUAGAAUAUCAAACAGAUAAACGCCAUUACGGUCAUACUGAUUGUCCUGGUCAUGCAGAUUAUAUAAAGAACAUGAUAACAGGAGCUGCACAGAUGGAUGGAGCUAUAUUAGUUGUGGCUGCUACUGAUGGAGCGAUGCCUCAGACUAGGGAACAUCUUCUAUUAGCUAAGCAAAUAGGGAUUGAGCAUAUUGUUGUAUUUAUAAAUAAGGUAGAUGCAGCUGACAAUGAGAUGGUAGAAUUGGUUGAAAUGGAAAUUAGAGAAUUGAUGGCUGAAAUGGGCUUUGAUGGUGCAAAUCUUCCAGUUGUCAAAGGUUCAGCACUUAGUGCUCUUGAAGGAAAACAACCAGAAAUAGGUGCGGAAGCAAUUUUAAAAUUAUUGGACGAGGUUGAUAAUUACAUACCCACACCAGUUCGAGAUCUUGAUAAACCUUUCCUUUUGCCUGUUGAAAAUGUUUACUCGAUUCCUGGAAGAGGAACAGUUGUAACUGGAAGGUUAGAAAGAGGAAUUGUAAAAAAAGGAAAUGAAGUUGAAUUUAUUGGAUUUAGUAAAUCAAUCAAAACAACAGUCACUGGGAUAGAAAUGUUUCACCAGAUUCUCGAAGAAGCACAAGCAGGUGACCAGCUCGGAGCACUCGUUCGUGGAGUAAAAAGAGAAGAUAUUAGAAGGGGAAUGAUUAUGUGCAAACCAGGCUCAAUGUCAGCACAGGAUCAUUUUGAUUCACAGGUUUAUUUGUUGACUAAAGAAGAAGGUGGCCGACCUAAACCACUUGUUCCUUUCAUGCAUUUACAUAUGUUUAGUAAAACUUGGGAUUGUGCUGCUCAAGUUAAUAUUCCUGGAAAAGAAAUGGUUAUGCCAGGAGAAGAUGCUAAGUUAGAACUAAAACUUCUGAGACCAAUGGUCCUUGAAAAGGGUCAAAGAUUCACCUUGAGAAUGGGAUCAACAACAGUUGGAACAGGUGUAGUUACAAAUGUGCUACCACUCAUGUCAGAGAAAGAGAGGCUUCUUCUUACGGAAGGAAAGAAAAAGAGGGAGAAGGCAAUAGCUGCAGCAGGUGGCCAAGCGUAGUAGAAAUAUCGUUAUAUUGAAUGACUUGUGAAGUAUGGUAGUUAUUUGUUUUGUUUUGUUAAACUAAUUGAUAAGUUACUAUUAUUAAAUUAUAUUGAUAUGUCAUAGCUUUAAAAAAUCACACAUGUAAGUAAUCCGAUUGUAAAUGUUUAAUUAUUUUAUAUUUCUUCUUAAAUAAUAGUUAGUGUAGUUUU